AUGCUUGGCGUGGACACACGGUUCUUUGGAUCGAGACUCGAGGCGGAGUUGGUCCAGAUCAUGGAGUCGUUAGUAAAAAUAGAAUCAUCAAAUUGGUCACUUUUACAAGAUAUUUUUAGAGAAAACUGGCCUAGAUACGUCGUUCCCUAUAUGCUAUUAGACACACACAUUAGAUAUCCUGAAUUAACUAAGUUAUUUCAGUUGAAAGUGUACUGUCCGUACGGCAAUUUUUCGAAUGGGAUUGUGGCUAUAAAAAACUAUGAAACUAGCCAAGACCUAAUUAUCUAUCCGUUGAACAAUACAUCUGCAAUGGAGGAAUGUUUAAGAACAACUAAAUUAAUAAAUUGGGACAAACCUAUCGAAAUACAAUCAACAACCGAGGAAGUUCUGCAGAUGAUAAUGCGAUUAUGUAGUAAGCUGAAGAUAAAAAUAAGUACAAAAGAAAAAGUUUUCACUCAAUAUCUUGAUACAGAUACUAAAAUAUUUACAGAAGUAAGACUUCCAGUAGACACGUAUGUCGGACAGUUAGUACCAAAACAUUUAGGGCUAGUGAACAGUGCAUGGCCCUACAAAUACAGCUGGUCACAAAAAUUUUUCAAAUGUCUAAUGAACAAUGGUUUGACAUACGCCCUGUACUCCAUGGACCACGAACCUCUAGCGUGGAUCACCUAUGAAGGAGUUUUGACUCACCUACACUGCGUACCCGAGCACAGGAACAAAGGAUACGCAGAAUUUAUAACUAAACACGCAAUCAAUUGUGUGUUAGACAGUGUGAAACAUAUCGUAGCCUAUAAUGUCGAAACGAAUGUGAAAUCACAGAAACUAUUCUCUAAGUUGGGUUUUAAAAAUAUCGGACACGCGUAUUUCACAUUGGUUGAGCCAAAAUGA